CCAUUUUUCCUCCCCAAAACUCCGCGAUUUUUCCCCAAACCCUUCACCUCCAAUUAACAAUUUAAAAUAUUUUAAUUCCGACUUCCAAUUUAACCGAAAUUUGAAUUUUUCGCCUCAUUUUAACGCUUUAAUUCCCGUUUUAUUCCCCCCCUCGUCCAGUCAUGCCCUCAACCAAAAUGGCGCCGGCGCCUUUUUCGCUUCCCGCUUCGCCCUUAAUCAAUAUGGCGACAGCGACUUCGGGCACGACUUCAGUUCGGUUUGCGCAUGCGCCGCCGCCAUUUCGCGCUGUUUGCGCGUUGCCCUUAACAAAGAUGGCGCCGCGCCCGCCUCACCGCCGCCAUUUUGUGGGCGCUGAAUUUCCCUCCCCUCAGCUGCCAGGAUCCAAGAUGGCGCUGGCCAGCGUCCUCCGUGCGGAGCUCGCGGAAUUUUCCCCAAAUUUCCCCAAAAAUUUCCCCAAAAAUUUUCCCAAAAAUUUCCCGGAGGAUUUUCCCGAUGAUUCCGAAGGGAUCCCCGAAAUCCUGAGGGAUCCGCCGGGUCCGCCGCGGGUUCUGGCGGCUCCGCCGUGGGGCUUUGAGGCGGAGCCGGAGGGGCCCGGGCUGCAGAUCCUUCACGGCACAACGACUUUGGCCUUUAAGACCCCUCACGGCGUGACGGUGGCGGUGGACUCCCGCGCCACGGCGGGCUCGUACAUCGCCUCGCAGUCGGUGCGGAAGGUGCUGCCGAUCGGCGGGCGCAUGCUGGGCACCAUGGCGGGCGGCGCGGCCGACUGCGCCUUCUGGCAGCGUUUGGUGGCGCGGCAGUGCCGCGUGCAGGAGCUGCGCAACAAGGAGCCGGUGUCGGUGGCCGCCGCCUCCAAGCUGCUGGCCAACCUGGUGUACCAGUACAAGGGGCUGGGGCUGAGCCUGGGCACCAUGCUCUGCGGCUGGGACAAGCGCGGGCCCGGGCUGUACUACGUGGACAGCGAGGGGCAGCGCGUGGCCGGCGCCGCCUUCGCCGUGGGCUCGGGCUCCUCCUACGCCUACGGGGUGCUGGACCGGGGCCUGGCGGCGGCGGCGCGCAGCGAGGAGGCGGCGUGCGAGCUGGCGCGGCGCGCCAUCGCCCAGGCCGCCCACCGCGACGCAUACAGCGGGGGAUGCGUACGGGUGAUGCACGUGGGACCUGAGGGGUGGAGGGAAGUGUCCCAUCACGACAUUGCCGAGCUGCAGGAAAAGUACCUGGAGUGAGGUGGGGAAAAUUCUGAAUAAAAGUGGAAAUAAAUGGA